AUGCCUAUACACCGAGGAGAGCACUCCUCAACAAUCAGUACGACGACUCAAGUUGAACAAAGCAGUCCAGUCCACUCCAGCUCAUUCCAGUCCAGUCUGGUGAAAAAGCAGAAUUUUGAGAAAUCAACAACGCCGUGGCAUCCAACAUUCCAGUUCCAGUCGAUCAGAAGAAGGAGAAGGCAGCAUCUUCAAGCGCUAGGGGCCGCUCUCUCUGAGUUAUUCCAGGCGGGCAGGUGGACAGGCGGACAAUCUAGGCCGGUGGUGAAGAACAAGGUGGCAAGUUCGAGAGGUAAGGGCCGAUUUCUCAGCCCUGACUUAUUUGAGGAGGAGGACAGGGUCGUUAAGAAGGUCUGUCGACAACCUGCAGCUAGGCCUGGUCCUAAAGGGAAGUAUAGAGUUGCUUGCAAUAGGACUAAUCCUUAUGCAGGUAGUUGGACGACCGCUCGUGAGAGCUUGAGACCCUCCACGCCAAUCGCAGCAGCAGUAGUGGAACAACCGAGGGCGCCCUCUCCGGAGGAUCCUCCCGUCAUAGUGACCCCAUUGGCGGUGCCACCACCCGCAGCAGCAGUAGUGGAACAACCGAGGGCACCUUCUCCGGAGGAGCCUCCAGUCGUAUUGACCCCAUCGGAGGAGGCUCCCGUCGUAUUGACCCCAUCGGAGGAGGCUCCCGUCGCGGUCGUAUUGACCCCGUUGGCGGUGCCGCUUUCGCCGCUACUGGCAACACCGGCGAAUCCUGGAGUGUUGGUGCCACAAGUGCCAGUGCGACAGCCUAUCGGAGAG